UUCCUACCGCUUUGUAAUAGUUUAUGAGCAUCAACAUGCGUCAAAAAGAUCUGCGCCCCGCCCCCGCUCUAAUCGAGUACAAGGGCAUGAAGUUCCUAAUCACCGAUCGACCGUCAGACAUAACAAUUAAUCAUUACAUUAUGGAGCUUAAAAAGAACAAUGUCAACACUGUGGUGCGUGUGUGCGAGCCGAGCUACAACACGGUGGAGCUCGAGGCACAAGGUAUUACCGUGAAGGACCUGGCCUUUGAGGACGGCACCUUUCCGCCUCAACAGGUCGUCGACGAGUGGUUUGAGGUCUUGAAGGAUAAAUAUCAACAAACUCCCGAGGCAUGCGUCGCCGUUCACUGUGUUGCUGGUCUGGGACGAGCUCCUGUCUUGGUGGCCUUAGCACUGAUCGAAUUGGGCUUGAAGUACGAGGCAGCCGUUGAAAUGAUCAGAGAUAAACGACGCGGCGCCAUCAAUGCCAAGCAACUUUCAUUUUUGGAAAAGUACAAGCCAAAGGCGCGGCUAAAGCACAAAAAUGGCCAUAAGAAUUCAUGUUCUGUGCAAUAGAUUUCCAAAACCAUUUGUAUAUUCCCACCAGAUAAAAAGUGUUCAUUUUUUCAAAAACAAAAAAAGCAAGCUAAAAGUAAAGCAAGUACAGAAAUGUGGGAGGAUAGGUAAAGAACAAACGAUAGCCGACAUAUUCUAGUACCACAGAGAUCGCAAAACAUAGACGAAGAAAUUGAAUCACAGCCCCAGUAACUAUUAACCCCAAUCCCCCCAAUCUCAACUUAAAAUGUAUUGGCAUCAAUUAUGUUAUUUGUAUGUAUUAAUUAAUGUAACUUAUUAUUAUUUUACGAUUUGAUUUCGCCACCUUGUCCGAGAAGAAAAAAGAAUUUUCAUUUUGUAUCUAACGCAUAUAUAAACAGACUUAAACACAUAAUUGUGUGCGACCCCCAUACCCCAUUAAAUGGUUGUAGAAGGCGCGCCAUUGUAGUUGAAAACUAUUAUUCUGGGUCAAAAUGUAAUGGAAUAAACCAAAUACUUAAAUGCAACACAUAAAACACCAACCGUAAAGUGAAUUAAAGCAGUCCCGUAGGAACUUAACCAGAAGCAAGUAUAGAACGAUAAAACCUAACAGUUAUGUGCUAAAGCAGACAAGAUAUUGUUGUACUGAUGACAGACGGUUCAGAUGAACGGAAAAUGUACUUAAUCGCAUAUUAGUUGGAGCUCAGCACCCCGAAAAAGCUUUUAAUAUAUUUUACUGUUAUAUUUUUUACUCUGAACAAUCUUAGCUAUCAACGACGCGGAGCAGAUAUCUAUACAUUGGGUUUUAAAGUGCAUUACGCAAAAUACAUAUACUUAUAUUUGCCAACUUUUUUAUGUGCUAACACAAUGCUUAUUUGAAGGAUACAGUACCAAUCAACUUGCACAUAUAUACAUAAAUGUGUGUGUGUUGCAGAUCUGUGCAUGAAUAUGUAUAUAUGUGUAAUAAAGGAUUAUAUAUAUAAAUAUAUAUGUAUAUGUAUUAUAGAACUUAAAAAUUUUACAUUAAUGACUACAUACAUUCAAACUUAAAAACUAAACAGCAAUAACCAAGAAAAUAAGCAAAAUUACUUCAAACAGCAGCUAACAAAAAAUACAAAAACAAAAAUUGAGAAAAUGAACAUGAAAAAAAAUUAAACCUUAUUGUAUACAACAAAUUAACAAAUUAUAGUUUGUGUGAACAUAAUGAUGAAAAAAGGAAACAAGCCGAAAAUAAAAACAAAUAUAAUGCUUACAAAACAAUUUAUCCAAAAUAUUAAAUUGUAAUUUUUUAAAAUGUUAGUCAUUACAAGGAAAUAAAAUGAUCUAUAUUAAACAUUUAA